AUGUGGAUAACAGAAUUGAGAUGCACUGAGGAACAAAUUCACAAUUAUGCAUUGUUCGAGAUUGAUGGGCUCAUGAAAAGGGGAGAAAAAUCCUUGGCCGAUUUCCCUGGAAUGCCAAUUCCUGAUUGUUCCAUUUUUGAGAAUUCACAUAAUAGAUUAAUUGUUGAAGAAUUAGAUUAUGAUGUCGACAACUUGAAAACAGUGCACAAUCAUCUAUACAAGGGUCUUAACAAUGGCCAGAGACAUGUAUAUGAUUUGAUCCUUGAUUCUAUCAACAACCAAAGUGGAACACCAUUUUUUGUUUAUGGACAUGGUGGAAUAGGAAAAACCUUCCUAUGGUCAACAAUCAUGGCCAAAUUAAGAUCUGAGGGUAAAAUUGUACUGGCCGUAGAUAUAUCAAAAAUUGCUACAUUGCUGCUAUCCGGUGGAAGAACAACACAUUCACGUUUUCAAAUUCCUUUAGAUAUCAGUGAGGAAAGUACAUGUUAUAUAAAAAAGGGGACACAAUUGGCCAAACUACUUGUGCAAACAACUUUGAUCAUUUGGGAUGAAGCACCCAUGGCAAACAAGUACUGCUUUGAAGCUCUUAACAAAACUUUGAAAGAUAUUUUGUCUAAAAAAUAUCAAUCGAACGUAGAUAAAACAUUUGGAGGCCUCACCGUUGCCCUGGGUGGUGAUUUCAGACAGAUUCUACCAGUUAUACCAAAAAGGAAAAAACAUGACAUAAUACAGGCAUUUUUAUCAUCAUCUUCCCUUUGGAAACAUGUAACAGUGUUCACACUUAUAGAGAACAUGAGGUUGAAGACAAACUUGGUGAACCCAAUGAAAUUGGAUAACUUAAAGGCUUUUGAUAAAUGGCUACUUAAUAUCAGAGAAGGAAGGGACGUUGCGGAAGAUGAAAGUUACAUUCAAAUACCUAAAGACUUGAAAAUUGAUCAACAUGCUAGUCAUGAAGAAACGAUUAUGAACGCUAUUUUUCCAGAUUUAUCCGCUUAG